AUGGAAACAGAAAAUGUCACGUAUCGGGAGCUCUUUUCAGAGCUCUUCGAAAACCCGAUCCACCCGUUAAAAAUUCACAUGGUUCCCCCAUUUGUUGAUGAAAGCAGCCCGAUGUUCCACCUGCAAAUUCAUGGUGAAAAAGUUUACAGAUGCUGAGAAAUUUGUGGGAAGCCGGCAACAGUUUUCGACUUACUUCAAGUGAGUGUCAAGCCGCUUGGUUACCAGUUUGAAGAGUCUGCUCGAGAUGGUAUUGGGCACUCAAUCGCGGAGAGCAUUCGGCGAUUUUGGCGAAGGAUCCAAGCCACGACGGACGGAAAAAGAAGAAAAAAAAUUAGAACUGAGACUUGGAUUAAACUAGCCAUUAAACCAGAGGAGAUCAAGCUCUCGCCAAACGACGUGUUGACAAAGCUCACUGAGGAAAACGGCAAUCUUCGCGCGACCGUGGAGGAAAAGGCGGCCGAUUUAUAUCAUAAAAUGCGCCAGAAAAUGGCCCACUCUGGAAAGGAUUUCACAGACGUGGGAAAGAAGCAACAA